UAGCGCGAAAUAUUCAACGAAAUUCAGCGGACUGUGAGUGAAAUUUCUACCGAAAUUUGGCAAGCCUAAUCGACAAAUCAAUUGUGAACCUGCUUUUAUUGACUGGUAGUCAACUGCCUCACAAUGAAUUUGUUUUCACGCCUUAAACGCAUUGGCGCUGGCAAUAAGAGCUCGGUUACAUUGCCGGUAACAGUGCCUGUACCAUCGCACAACGAGAACGAGGAGGACACGCCAGAAAUCUACAAAGUAAUAGGCGAAGAUAGAUUACCAGCAAACAGAAAUAACAGAGAAGCAGCUUUAACAGCCGACAUGGUGAAGGAAGAGAAGUUUGUGCCCGACGGCGCCGAUGAGGAAAUGCUCGGCUCCGGCGGCGGCGACGAGAAACUCGCCGAGCGUCGUGACGAGGUCAAAUUCAUUAAGGGUGACCAUCAGAAUGGCGAUGCUAAGAUUGACAUUGGCAAUCUCAACGGAGCCAAACCGGAAUUCACUGGCAUGAGCAAGGAGGAGCUGCUCAAGUACGCAAAUGAUCCGUUCUGGGUGCGCUUGCGUUGGAUUUUCUUUUUGGGCUUCUGGGCCAUUUGGGUAGCCAUGCUUGUGGGCGCUAUUCUCAUUAUUAUCGGAGCACCCAAGUGCGCUGCCCCUCAACCCUUGCCCUGGUACAAGCGUGGACCUCACGCCAAGUUCGGAUUAGUCGCUACUGCCAAGACGGAGGAUGUGUCCUUGGCUAAGAAGCUCUCUGCUACUGGUGCCAUUUAUGAGCUGCCAGCUUUGCUAACUUACGAGGUGAAAAAGGCCGAUGUCGAGGCACAGAUCAAGCAUCUCGUGGAUCUCUACCAGAGCAGCGAAGUGAAGGUCAUUCUCGAUAUCACGCCCAACUUUGUGGGCGAGGAGUCGCAGCUGGUGAAGGAUGCAUUGGACAACGCGGAGAAGCGUUCUGCAUUGAUCUGGGUGAAUGGCACAGGACCCGGCCAGAAGGUGCCAAACUCGUGGCUCAAGGUGGGCGGCAAUACUACCGCCUGGGGUGAUCUGAAGGGCAACUUUGUGCUAUCACAGUUCGAGCCUGGCACCUAUGACCUAAAGAUGAGCUCGAAGAUUGUGCGUCACGAGCUAAGUUCCGCUCUACAGCAUCUGAUUGGACUGGGCGUGCAGGGCUUCCGUUUGAAGAACACCAAGUUCUUCCUCAUCAACGAUAAUCUGGACGAUGAGACAAUUUCGCCACUACCCAAGGAUAACAAUUUGAUGGAUUAUACCUUCUAUACGCAUACACAAACCACCUUCCAGCCGGGAUUAGGCGAUCUGCUUUACGAUUAUCUGGGUGUCGUGAAGAAUGCCUCCUCGGAGGCCUUCCUCUGCGUUGCCGAGGAUAUUGUGCGUCCAGAUGCCUAUGAGCUGAGCCAGGCUGGCGGUGCCCUGGGCAUCGAUCUGCCAAUGUACGGCCAGUUCAUGAAGUCCGUAGGCGCAUCGCAGCAGAAGAAGAACCUGGUAGAGGAGUUGCAGCAGACGUUUGUGGCCACACGCAAUGUGAGUUGGCUGCAGUGGAACUUUGGCGAUAUCUACGUGGACACCCCAACACAUCCUUCAGCUCUGGCGCUGUUCAUGUCCUUGCUGCCCGGUGUUCCGAUUGUGCCGGUGGACUCCAUUGCCUACACCAAUGUCACCCAGGAGACCUACAGCCAGAUCAAGGACCUGCGACUCUCGGCCUCUUACAUGCAUGGCGAGCUGCAGAUCUUUGAGUCGAAGAAGCUGAUUGCAUUCUCCAGAAUCAAGUCUGGCAAUCCCGGAUACUUCGUUAUCUUCAAUCCCACCGAUUUGCUGCAGAACAGCACUUUCUCCGCUGAUCACAAGCUGCCCGAUAAGAUGACAGUUUCGUACUUCAGUGAGAACUACAACGAUAAGAACAACAACGGUUCUCACGUCGCCCACUCCGCCAAGGUGAAUAUCAACGAGCUGCAGAUUCCAGCCCACUCAGCCAUUGUGCUGACCUAUGUGCCGGUGAAGAGCGAGUAAAGAUUGAAGACGAACUUUGCGGAAAUACUCAAAAUAAUUGAUGAAAUUAUCAGAACAUUAAAUACACACGCAUUAUAAAGCUUAUUGUUGUUAUACCCAGUAUUCAACCGCAUUCCAAUCGCUAAACAGAAUAAUAUGUUUAAACAAAUAACGUUUGUUGACAAUAAGAGAAAAAAACUAUUGAAACACAAGUACAAAUUGUAACCAAGGAAUGUCUUGGUUCCAUUUGUUACGACAUUUGUUUUCAGAAUAUUAAAUAUACAUCGUUCAAUGCUUGCA